GGCCGGGCCCGCCCCGCGCAGGCGCCCCGGGCGGGGCGGUGGCGCGUGCGCGGCGGGGCCGCGUUGCCAUGAGAGCGGCGAUGGCCGCGCUGAGCCAGGGAUGAGUUUAAGCUUGAAGGCCGUGGCUGUGACCAGCUCAGCUCCUCAGGAUGCCGCACAAGAUCGGUUUCACCGUGGUCAGCUCGUCGGGACACGAGGACGGGUUCAGCGCCCGGGAGCUGAUGGUUCACGCGCCGACGGUGAACGGGUGGCGCUCGCCCAGGCUCUGUCAGUAUCCCCAGGAGAUCAUCCUGCAGUUGGUGGAGAGGUGUCGGAUACGGAAGCUGCAGCUGCUUGCUCACCAGUACAUGAUUUCCAGCAAAAUUGAGUUCUACAUCAGUGAAAGUUUGCCUGAAUACUUCUCUCCGUAUCAGUCGGAGAGGUUUCAGAGACUGGGGUACGUCCCCCUCUCAGACAAUGAGAAGACUGACUUCAAAGCACGGGAGUUAAAAUCUGUGUAUGUGGAUGCAGUUGGCCAGUACCUGAAGCUGAUUUUCCAUAAAAAUUAUGUCAAUAAAUACAACAUAUAUGGACAGGUUGCCCUGGUAGCUGUGAACAUCAUUGGGGAUCCAGCAGACUACAGCAAUGACAGCAUGAGCAGUCCUUCCAGAGAGAAGUUGAUAGACCAUUACUUGGGAAUUAAAUCAGAUGAUCCUGCCUUAGAUGGAACUUACCUUGGGAAAUCUGACUCCAUUUCCCCUCUGGAUGAUUUGGCUUUUGACAUGUACCAGGACCCGGAAGUGGCUCAGAUAAUCCGUAGGCUGGAUGAGAGGAAGCGGGAAGCCGUCCGGCACGAGCGCUACGACCACGCCAAGAAACUCAAACAGGCCAUUGCAGACCUGCAGAAGGUGGGGGAGCGGCUCGGCCGGUACGAGGUGGAGAAGCGCUACGCGGUGGAGAAGGAGGAUUAUGAUCUUGCCAAGAAGAAGAAGGAGCAAAUGGAUGAGUACAGGCUGAAGGUGUACCAGCAGCUGGAGCUCCACGACCUCCUGGAUGCACAGCUGCUGAUCCGAAAACCACUUGAGUGGCCUCUGGGGCCUGUGAGCCCCCAGCACUCCCCUCCUGAGCACACAGACCCACCUGAGGGACAGCCCCAGGGGGCAGAGCCUGAGCUGCCAGAGCAGUCGGUGGAUCCCGCUUCUGCUGAGCCCGUUGUUCCACAGCAGUCCCUUCCUCCUCCUCUGACUCAGCCCACAGCCUCCAAGGAAAAUGCUGAAUUUUUACCUUACGACGAGAGGCCUCUCCCAGCCAUCUGCAAGCAGAUGGAUGAAGCUGUUGCCUACCUGGAGCCAGAGGUGACUGAAGAGGACAUUGGUGAUACCCCAAGGACUGGCAUUACUGGGGAGCCCGAACCGCUCACGGAGAAGGCACUGAGGGAGGCCGGCCCUGCUGUUGACGUUUUUGGAGAAGCUUUGGUUUCAGGAGCAUAUUCCAGAACUUGGUCCUAUCGGGAAGACGCAUUACUGGCUGUGUAUAAGAAGCUGAUGGAAGUGUCAGUGAACACUCCAAAGGAGGAUUUAAGGAACAUGCUGAGGGCUGCUGUUUUCCUCGUGAGGAGAGCCAUCAAAGACACCGUGUCUUCUGUUUUUCAAGCUUCCCUGAAACUUUUAAAAAUGAUCAUUACACAAUAUAUACCAAAACAUAAACUAGGGAAGCUAGAGACUUCUCAUUGUGUGGAAAAAACCCUUCCAAAUUUGCUUUCUAGAACAGGAGACUCUUCAUCUCGUCUUCGCCUUCUGGCUUCUGCCUUCAUCCAGGAAAUGGCACUGUGCACUGAAGUUAAACCUCUCCAGAUUGUUCCAGUCCACCUGCUUAAACCAUUAAAACCAAACUCCCCAACACACCUGGCGAUGAGUCACGUGGAAUUGGUGGAAUGUCUCUUGAGAGCCCUGGGGACUGGGAACUCUGGGUUUACCAUCAACAAUGUCAUGAAGUUUGCCACGGGAGCUCUGGAGCACAGGGCCCACGAGGUGCGGGACGUGGUGCUGCGGAUCAUCUUCGACAUGUACCGGCAGCACCGGGCGGCCGUGCUGGACUAUCUGCCCCCCGACGACGCCAGCGCCCGCAGGACCGUGCGCUACAGAACACUCUUCGAGGGCUUCGCCAAGAUCGACGGGAAGCUUUCUGAGCCUGAGGUGAGGAGAAAGGCAGUGACAGAAGAAGCAGAGAAACAGAAGAAUGAAGAAAUAGAAGUUCUGCAAGAUCAGCUGGCAGCUCUAAAGGAGAUACAGGCAGAGGUUCAAGGUGAAGAGGAGGAAGAAUCUGAUUUUCAGAAACCAAAUAAACAAGAUUACCAGGUAUACGAAAGCCCCCAGGCUGCAGCAGCAGAGAUUCCAGAGGAUCUUUCCUCAGUUGCAAAUUACCUGGAUAACUUGUGUAUUUUUUGUGGUGAAAGGGAUGAAUCCUUCACAGAGGAGGGGUUGGAUCUGCAUUACUGGAAGCACUGCCCCAUGCUAACCCGAUGCGAGCACUGCAAACAGAUGGUGGAGAUCUCGAGCCUGACAGAUCACCUGCUGACUGAUUGUGACAAAAGGGACAGCUUUGGGAAGUGCCAGCGCUGCAGCGAGGCCCUGCCCAAGGAGGAGCUGCCCAAACACGUGAAGAGCAGGAUUUGCAAUCCUGCCAAACCAGAAAAUGUGGCAAACCAUUGCCCACUGUGCCAUGAGAACUUUCCCCCUGGAGAGGAGGCCUGGAAAUCUCACCUGAUGGACCAAGAUGGCUGUAAAAUGAACCAGCGGAGGAUAUCCCCGAUGAAUAAAACCAUUCUGUUGCAGCCUGCCAAAGUAGGUGGCCACUAUUUAAGGAAACCGGGUCCUUCAGGAGCAAAAUACCAAUCUCCCUCCAUAGGAAGCAAGACCUCAACCCGAGGGGGCCCAAAUAAAAGCACUGGCAAAAAAUACUCGAAGAGAUGACAGGACAAGUAUUUCUUCCUUUGUCUCAAUAACUGGGCACAUGGUUGCUCAUAAAUAUUUAAAAAUUGUGGGCAACUUGCAUCACCUUUUUCAUGUGGCUCCGUGGGGCUGUUUUAGCCUCUCGCAGUCCCUGGUGGGAUCACCCCCCUUGGCUCUGGCUGUCACUGUGGAUGUUGCCCUGUGUUUUGCCACCACAUAGCAGGUGACAUGUAAAUGUGGCCUCUCGCUGUGCACCAAGUGCCUUAUGAGCCCACUUGGCAGGCGGGUUAAACUAAACCCUCCAAGUCCAUAUCCCCAAGAAAUGGCUCCUCAAAGAAAAGAAAAACUAAUCUUGGUUGGGCCCCCAAGAGCUUGAAUUAAUAAAUGUAGACCUUUUGCCUGCUUUAGUGCACUUUA